AAUCCAUGGAUCUUGAUCCAUAACGAUGGUUACACGGAGAUACAUGGUUUAUCCCAGGUAACGCAGAUAUGGCGUAGUAGUACCACGGUGAAAAGUGAAUUUUCAUGUGGCUAAGUAUAGUGAGUGAAUGUUGAUGCUAUAAAAAUUUGUUGUGUUAUAAGGAGUCUACUGUGUGACCAUAAAGUGUUCAUUGAAGACUAUGGAAGUGAGAGUCUUCUUGUGGUGAAAAUCCAGUUGGAACAAUGCUACGUGUUUUUAUGGUAUCCUGAUAAGAUAUCAAAGGUGUCUAAUCUGUGAUUUAUUAAAAAAAAUUGUGAAAAAUACUUCAAAUGUUUUUACUAUAGUGCUAUGUUACGAAAUAGCCUGAGGAUGAAACUGUUAGCUAACAAUGAUAUUGGUACAGGAUUCUAUAUUGUUUUGGAGUAGUGAAUAUAUAAUUAUGGUACAGUCGUGGCUGGUUAAGCAAUGACGUUUUAUAUCUGGCGAAUAAUCCCAGGAUAGUAUAGUGACUCAGCCUGAUACCUUUGCGUGCAUUGGAAUUUGAAACUGGUGAUAAUUAUCAAGGAAAGUGCAAGUCGUUUGCUAUAUCUGUGUUUGCAUGUGAUAAACGUGUGAAUCUAUACUGUGUUUAAUUGUGCGUUAGAAUGUCCUGGACAAUGAAUUUAUCCUUCAUAUGUCUUCUCCUGAGUAUCUUGACUCUGGUGAAGUCGCAAUCACAAUCCGAUUCGACAGAUCAGCCAACAAUUUAUUACACAGAGCCCAGUUUUGUUGGUUCCAGUAGUGGAAAUGGAGUUCAGGAUUUCACUGAACUACCUGGAGGUCGGAUCACCAAGGGUCAAAGGCUAUUGGAAAGGUCACGAAGUCCUUACUUACUUCGUGAAGAUCUUUUCGUCGAGCGUGCCGGUGAGCUCGUCGUAGAAUCUGGUGUCGAGAUCCGGUUUGCCCCUAUGAUAGGAAUCACCAUCCGCGGUGUGAUUACUGCCAAGGGCGAACCAGAGAAGCCCAUAAUAUUAACAAGUGCAGAGACUCCGUCCGGUCAACCUGAGCCAAGGUCUAUUCGUCUGGUGGAUGGUCCAAGUCCGUUGGAAGGUCGACUUCAGCUUCUUCACCAGGGCGAAUGGCGUGCUGUUUGUACAAACUCAAGAAAUUGGACUCGUGCCGAUCUGGAGACUGCCUGUCGCGAAUUGGGUCUACAAGGUGGUCGAUGGGUAGGCUGGAUGGAUAGACAAUGGCCAGCCAAACCACGUCUUCUAUACGAGCAACCGCAGUGCCGAGGUACCGAGGAAUCCCUGCAAAGUUGCGACCAGUGGUCUAACAGGCAACUCGGUGCUGGAGUCUGUGACUAUCAUCCUGACCUUGGCAUCUCAUGUUCUCCACAUCAUGACGGUGCGACUCAGGCCGUUAGGCAUUGGCGAGGUCUCAGGUUCGAAGGUGCAGUUUACGACAAGCCUCUGAUACAAGAAAACACAAUGUAUAUUAAAAGGUCGAAGUCCAUUCUGAGAUACGUCGAUAUCAAGUAUGCAGGCACCGGAAGAGAAUUUAACGUCACUUCCGCUCUUCAUAUCGAGGGUGUACCACCCCAGAUGGAAUCCUUGUCGAUACUUCAUUCAGCAUUUACGGGUAUAAAUAUUACCUCUCCGGACGCUCCAAUUGUUCUAAAAGGCUGUACUAUACGUAGUAACAAAGGAUAUGGAAUCUACAUGAAUAGUUCAUCUGGACUAGCACACAUUGAUAACUGUGUCGUCCUUGAUAAUGGAGCUGAUGGAAUAAAAUAUGUCCACUAUGACGAAAGACCUGACGACAAGCUUGACCGGGCGGAUGUCUUCGACCUCUGCACAUUUCCCACAACAACAAGCCAAACAUUUCCCAUUACGAUUUCUAUGGAGCAAAAUAAAUAUGCGCCAAAUCCAAAACGAUGCCCACAGCAUAUUUUUACCCAACCCGGCCACGUGCUGACACUGCAAUUCCUGCAAAUGAAAACUGACAGAAACGACAGUGCUACCAUAGAAAUUUACGAUGGUGUAAGCAACGGCGAAAAACUCCUGGCUCGUGUCAGCGUUAGAAAUGGAACUUUACCACAGAGUGUGACGACAACUCGUCAGAAUUUAUUUAUAAAGUUUAAUGCCCAAUCUUACACGCAAAUGAUCGCAUUUAUACGACUUUCUUCAGGAUACAAAAAAAUGUACGACCUCAAUGUAACCGGCAGUACAAUUGCUGAUAAUAACGGAAGAGGUAUUGCUGUUGAGAAACUUCGUUCAGCGCUUCACAUUCAUGAUACUUCAGUGUCGAAUAAUAACCACGUUGGUGGUGUUCACGUCCUUGGUGGCGCUGCCGACGUGAACGUUACGGAAAGUCGAAUUUCGUUCAACAGAGGCGACGGAAUUAACAUCACAGUCAUAGGAGGAAAUAGAAAUAUCUCACGUACCAGUAUAUCCUCCAAUCAGGGUUAUGGGUUUGCUGUAUGGUUAAAUGACAGUUCCUAUACUGAGUAUAUUCAUUUUAAUCAGACAACUGUUGUUGAAUACUCUGAGAUAUUUAGGAACAAGGAUAUUGGUGUUUUGGUCGGGAAUUCUACAGGCAAUUCCUACGUAAAUGUAACGGGAAAUUGGUUUAACAGUAGUACAGAAACAGCUGUACAGGUAGAGUCCAGUUGGCGAUACAAUCAAGGAUUAUUGUGGCUACAAAUUGGCCAUAAUGUAUUCAUUCAGAAUGCAAAGCUGGGUAUUAAAUUGAGUCCAGCUUUAAAUAUGAAGGGUUGCGUCGAGUACAAUCACUUUAAAGAACAUACUUAUGGCGGUAUAUUGGUCAAGAAUCCUCUCUACGAGGAAUUCAAUAUUUUGCCGGCAGAUAUUGUAAUUCAGCACAAUGAGUUUUACAAUAAUCGUGGCGUGUACGUUGUCAGUAUUGGACUCUCGCCUUAUAGCGACGUUCAGCAGCUGCUGUUUACAAGAAAUUUUGUACGUGACAAUCGUGUACGAGAACCCUUUGACAACAGUGAUAUACAAGGAUCACGUUUAAUUCCACGAUCAAGAGUCUCCGCGGCUGUUGUUGUCUCAUCCAGUAAUGUUCAUAUUUUUCGAAACAUAUUGCACAAUCUCGAUUCCCAGUACGAGAUUGGCUCCCAUUUAGAAGACCAGAGUAAAAUUAUCAAUUGUACAUACAAUUGGCUUGGUUUUUCUCAAGAAGAGAAAAUAUUUGAAAGAUUGUUUCAUAGGAAAGACAGAUAUAAUCUGGCAAAAAUUGAAUAUAUACCCUACUUACUGCAUAGUAGCAAUCCUAGUGCCAAUACGAUCAUUUCGAAUCCAACGUUCGUAGCCCAGUUUAACACGCCUGGAACGAAUUUGGUGGGUGGUGAGGUUGACGGACAGGAAAUUCUGCAGGCUGGAGAGUACAUCGUCAGGCGGGAUAUCAACAUUAGACCGGGUGGUAAACUUAUUCUUCAGCCAGGAGUUACCUUGAGAUUUCCACCAGCUGUGGGAAUGAUGGUGGCUGGCAAAUUGGACGCCCGUGGUAAAGGACCCAGCGAUAUUCUUAUGACCCUCAAGGAAGAAAUUAUAAUAGAACCUGAAAAUGAAACACUUGCUGAAAUGGUUAGACUCGACGAAGCUGAUUCAGUACCUGUUAGACUUUUGGGCGGUAAAACAAACCUGGAAGGCCGUUUACAGGUUCGAAUUGGUGAAAAAUGGGGUACGGUCUGUAAUUAUGGUUGGACUAUUCGUGACGCAGCAUUAGUGUGUCAUCAAUUGGGACUCACAUUAGAAUCAGAUAAUUGGUUCAUGGAACGAUCUCAGAUUCCUAGUGCCGGGACGAAUGAGGAUAUUAUUCUCAGCAAUGUGCAAUGCACUGACGAUGACAUUGACGUAUCUAAAUGCAAAGCUGAGAGUCAGGGAGAAUUUGAGAAUUCCUGUACACAUGACAACGAUGUCGGAGUCAGAUGUUCGGAGGCCGCAUGGGCCGGACUCAGAUUAGGUCCUUUGGCGCAGAGAAGUGACUUGCAAUACAUAACCAUUGAGAAAGCUGGUUUACUAGAUUACACUACGAGUUCCUUUAAACCAGCUCUGCAAAUCGACUUUGCUCGUCACUCCCUGGAGGGCAUUAAGGUAGUGAACAAUCUGCAGGACGGUCUAGGUGUCCUGUACUCUGACAUUUAUUCGGCCGACGCCGUGAACACUGUGAAAAAUAGUGAUUUCUCAAACAAUGGCGGUAGCGGAAUUAGUUUCAAGCAGUUGGGUCUUCGCAUUGCCAAUUCCAAAAUUGAAAAUAAUAAAAUCGCCGGGGUCAGGCAUAAUCCAGCUUUCUCUGCGGUACAGCAGAGAGAAUUAGCUGGAUGGUUUGUACUAUCGCCGGAUAUGACAGUUGAUACACCCUACAAUCCCAUAAUAGUACCAGCAGAUGGUACUACGGAUAUUAAAUUAUCUACUGGAGAAACAAAAUAUUUAGUAACAUCCAAGUACAUUGGAGAAAAUCUUGAGCGGCGUAUAAAUAUACACUGCACUCCAGGAUACGUUAUUGGGAUUCAACUUCUUAAUCCCAUUCACAAUCGAAGCACCGAAGAAAUAAUUCUUCACGAUUCGCAACACAUCAUUCACAAAGGGAACAUUUGGCAUGUUAAAAGAGACUUGACUGUAUUUCCAGUAGCGUCCAGUUCAUUCGUAGUUAUACUGGAGUAUCGAAGCGGAAGCAAUGCACUAGGAGGUACAGUCAUGGUUCUCACAGCACUUCCGGCUCCUGUGCAGGAUAUUCGUAAUAAAAUUGUCAAGGGCCCAGUUCCGACGCUAACUAUGUCUAAUGUAAAAAUCAAAGGAAACAAGAAAGGAAUUCUUGCCUCUUACUAUAAUCGUUACAUAGACGAGAUUGGUGAUCAUUACUUGAGAAAAGCUAAUGAAUCUAUUCGUCUAAUUAAUUGCGAAAUUUCGCAUAAUACCGAGGAGGCCAUUCACAUACAUUCUCCUCACUGGAACGUGUUUGAAUCGAAUAUAUCCGAAAUAUCAUUUCACGUGAACAAUACCUUAAUUACCGACAAUGGUAAAGGUAUUUUACAAUUUAGCAGAGAUAUGAGACACUCGAAUAAUCUGUUUCACUGGAUUAUGCAAGAUAGCACAAUUGAGAGGAAUCAAGCUGGUGGCUUUGAAGUAUCACUACCAUAUGUUUGGCAGUACAAUGAAAACUUCACUCACACUCUGUACUUUGGUAACAAUACUUGGCAGAACAACAACCAUUUCAGUUUUGUAGUAGACGGCCACUUCGCUAUGCUGAACAUGUCUCACAAUCAGUUUGAUAGUAACCGAUGCAAGACUGGUUUAAUAUCAAUCCGUGGAAUGGAAAAGAAAAUGCGAAUUAAUAAUAAUCGAAUAUUGCGAAACAGUGGAACAUACAUGGUGGAAUUUAAGGCUGACAGUCAGUCAGAAAUUUUAGGCGAAGUUCAUGCUCACUUCAUUUUCAAUGAAGUUAAACAAAAUCAUCAUGGUCUCAUUAGUCGUGGUUUUCAUCAAAUGUACAAUACACCGACUUACGUAGUUGGAUUUCAUGGUAUUCAAAAAGUGCGGGUGAACAGAAAUUUAUUUGGCGAUAAUUCAUUGGACUACGAAUUGUUAGCUGGUAUAAAAACGGCUAAAAUUAAUAACGUGGUGGACGUGUCUGAAAAUUGGUGGGGAACAGCAGACGAUGCACAAAUCAGGCAGAAAAUCUUCGACUUUGACGACUGGAAUGAUCAUGCGGUGGCGAAUUUUCGGCCGUAUUUGGCUACUGACAGUUUGGACUCAUCGAUUUCGGCGUCAUUCGAAUUGAAGACUGAGGUUGACCUGAACAAUUUGGGUGGACGUGUCUUGGAAAGUCUGUCUUUGUACCCCAGGUCAGAAUCUUACGUUGUCCGAUCUGACAUUACCGUGAUGCCGGAAGCGACUUUGUAUAUCUAUCCGGACGUCGUGAUGGAAUUCGCACCUAACGUCGGUAUCCUGGUGCUUGGAACUCUGAAAGCCAUUGGCGCUGCAGGUCACGAGAUCAUCAUGAAGCCACUUAGCGGAGAUAGCUCAAUCGCUCUUAAGCCUAACAGUAAAAGGAGUUUGAUGAGAGAUCCGCCAUUGGAAACGAUUCGUCUUUGCAAGGAUGGAAAUUGCACGUCGUCGACUAACGAAGGUUUCCUGGAAUUCUUUAAUCGCACGACCCUGCAAUGGAUUCCUCUCUGCGAUUCUCGAUUCACCGAAAGAAACGCUCAGGUAGCCUGCAGGCAACUAGGAUAUGAUCCCUUGAACGUUUAUGUGGCUCGUGAUCGUCGAUAUGAACUUCAUCCGGGAUCCUUGUACAGGAUCUGGUCCUGGCCCGAACCGCAACAAUGCUCCGGUAGCGAGGAAAGCCUAGAGGACUGUCAAAUCAGAUUGAAUGGUCAAUUAUUCGGUCAUCGAUACGAAUGUCCUUGGGAUGGGAAAUUUGUAUUUAUACACUGCGGCGAAAGAAAUAUUGAUCCUUCGACGGAUUAUUGGGGUGGAAUACGUAUUGCAAAUAGUGAAUUUGAACAUCAUCUUUACGAACACAGAAUUCAUGAUGUUGUUACACAUGAGACGGUGCAAAGGGUGGAAUCAGUGCUUAAAUUCAUUAAUAUCACUGGUGCUGGUAUUUUGCACAAUGAAAAAUCAGCGGCUGUACAGUCAAUCAUGAAAUCCCCGGAAAUCAGUCAUGUUAAUAUCACUAAAAGUGCAUAUCAUGGAAUUAAUGUAAUAUCUCCUACGAAUACGGUGAAAUUACUAUUUAACGAAAUUAAAAAUGUCCUUGGCAAUGGCGUGAAUAUUUUAUCGAUAACUGGAGAAGGUCGCGAAGCCGAAGAGAGUUCCUUUACACCUAUCAAGGAUUUGAAUAUUCCUUAUCAUUUAUUUAGCAUGAUCGACAUAUGUGACACUACGAAAGAAAUAAUAAUAGAGGAGAGAGUCCUCGUGUAUUAUAAGUAUGACAAUAAUCCAGUGAAUUGUGUGAAAAUAUUUAGAAGUGCCUACAGAGCGAAACCAUUUGGAUUUAGGCUCUUACAAUUCAACUUGUUCAAUUCCACUGGAAAACCAGGACGAGCAGAUGGUAUAACUUUGUAUGACGGCGAUAUUUAUAAUGUAACUGCCACGAAGAUAGGACAUCUGGAAAUGGACAGUACACAUGAGAAAAAAUUAUUUCGCACACAUGGUCCCAGUCUCAGCGUAAGACUUUUUGCAAAUGGCGCAAGUAGUACACACGGUUUUAUAGCGGAAGUUGUAACACUGCCCAUUUCUGCUAUUGGCUUCAAUCGCGACGUACAACACAAUGUUUCUUAUUCUAUAAUAUCAAACUGUCGCGAAGGGGCUGUCAAAUAUGCAAGUGCAGGCGAAGUCAAUGCUAUAAUAACGCUGGAGCGUAAUCAGUUUACAAAUAACUGUGGAAAGCUUUAUGGUAACUUUUCUACCUGUAAGUCAGCAGUUUGGUUGGACGUACAAAAUACUCAAUCGCUGUAUUUCAUGAACAAUCUAGUGAAAGGAAAUCAAGGUGGUCUCUCAAUACGUGCAGAUUCGAGAGGAUCUGCUACUUCUUUGAAAGGUUGGAUUCAGAACAAUCUUUUCACAGAAAAUCUUAAUAAACCAGCACUCUACGUUGAAGGACGUCAGAGCAGUCCUUAUCAAGAAGUAACGAUAUACCGGAAUUACUUCACUAAGAACAACGCGCCAUAUGACAAUAACAUUGUACUGAAACAAGUUGUCAGUAACAUGACCCUGAAUUAUCUACACGGUAAUCUUGGGAUGCACCUUUUGGAAAUUUCGGGCUUUGAACGAGUUCGGUUACCAAUUUAUCAAAGUACUUCCCACAAUGGCUUCUAUAAAAAUUAUGCUGUGGAUAGAGAAGGUCGUAGUACCAUAAUAGCCGGUACUCCUGGACAACAAUACGUCGAUAAUGUCUUCUUCAACCCUGACAAUGAUUACGAAAUGCUUACGGUUAAUAGGUCACUCGUUGUCGACAUGGAAUGGUAUUAUAACCAACUGGAAAUGUGGAGAUCGCAUGUGGAUGCUAGACACAACUGGUGGGGAUAUAACGAGACUCUAGCAGUAUCAGGAAGAAUCCGGGACCGCGGAGAUUCCCCUGAAUUAUUGCAAGUUGAUUAUCAACCAUUCCACAUGAACAAUAAAUCCGUAUUAAAUGGAAAGUGUCCUCCUGCUUGGGAACUGGUUGGCGACACUUGUUAUAUAUACAUUGGUGCUCCAAUGGACUUCUAUGGUGCACGUGACUUUUGUCGUUCCGCCAAUGCAUCCAUGCCCUUCAUUAUGGGUGAUUACAUAGAACUGUGGAAGUUCUUGCGUAGACAGCAGGAGCGUUUUGAUUAUUCAUGGCGAGUUUGGGUCCAACAAUUGGAACGAGUCGAUCAGUGCACUAUGUUUACGUAUCAAACAAUUGAGAUUGAUCACUGCAGUCAACCGAGUCCGUUCGUCUGUGAAAUAGAUCCAAGAGUUAACAUUGAUCCAUUGUCUUGGAGAAAGGACAUAGUAGCAGUAGGAGUCCUCGGUGCUAUUGGAGUAGCGUUAGCUCUUUUGGCGGCCGCCAUCGGACUUUGGGUAUCAAAAUCAAAGAGAAGAAAAGUUGAACGAUUAGACAGAAGAAACUCGAUAAGACAAUCGCUACACUCUUUGCGAUCCGUUGGCUCCACUUCCGGUUUUACGGAAUUAGCAUACAGAAGAAAACCAGUUGCCACAAAACAGUCGACCGACACGCUGAACUCAAAGUCUCUGGAUUACAAAAAGAUGAUGAACGGAGGUAGCAUAGACAGCAUGGACAAAUCUCAACUGAAUUCUUCCAUGGAGGACAAUCAAAGCUACGACGUCUACGAGGCGCACAAUCCCCGCUACUCGCCAAGUACAAGUGAAUUCAAGAGCACCAAUCAAAAGUAUCCAAGUGCUCAGGCAGAUAAUCCAGCGUUCGAUUUAGCCUACCGCAACGAAGGCUUCCGAAAUCACUCGACAUUCACGUCUAGGAAUAACAGCAAUUGGCCGUCCGCGGCCAAUAGCGAAGCUGCACCCGACGAGAGUCCUCCAGAUCCAAUUCACGAUUCUUCAUAUCUAAACAAUGCAUCUACAUUGCCUUUAAAUUCAAGUAUCGCGUUAACAGACUCAAUAAGUGAGCUCAAACGGGAUAUAGAAUCUACACCUGCAUAUACGCCAACCGAAUACGGCACGUAUGAUACAACUCCAUUGACUCCUGGCUCGGAACCAGUACCGGAGUACUUUAGUCCACCGCUUCCACAUCCUUAUUACUACGAGGAGCGACCCAGAAGCGAAGCCCUCUUAGAAACAAAUCUUGACACUGCCGAGGAGAAGCCUUUAAGGUCAAAAAGUGAAGCAUUACUUGAGACCAAUUUCGAUGUGUUCCUUCCUAACGAGCCGACGGAACUCACUCAGCUCUCUGCUGCUGCUAGAAGUAAAAGUCAGCCCCUAGAAACGGCUAUGUAGAAUGAAAGUACAAAAACAAAAGAAUCCCCUUAGAAAGUUUUCCUAGUAUCGGUUUGAAUCAAACGAGGAAGUACAUAUUGUACAUUUGAUUUUUUAUAGAUACGCAUUGUCAGUUCAACGUGAAAGUUAUGUUAUACGGUGUAUUAAUAAGGGGAUGAUAAGGUGAUCGAUAGUGCACGAAAGGAAGAUUAAUUAAGACUUCUUUGUGUUUUGUGACGUUUACUUUUUUUGAAAGAUAUAUCCUUCAAUUAGCGUCGUUUAACUUAACUGAGAUUCUCUAGUGACAGAUGAACAUAUGAAAUAUGAUUGUUACAAAUUUGGAGUCUUUGCUGGGAAUCGCAUCGGAUUUUGUUUGACCUAUUUAACGAAAAUCUAGUUGAAGAUAGCGACAUACUCUUUCAGUAUGAAUGCCAGAAUUUUUCUCUUUCUUUUUUUCUUCCUCUUCGUAUACCACGUCAGAUCAAGCAGCAAUUAUUUUUAUUUACUUAAAAACAUCAAAUAAUAUCGAUCGAGCCAUUUCUGGUAUUUACAUUGAUUCAGUAUGUGGUUGAUCAUUGAUUAGUUCGAUGCACCACCGAUCUCAUUCUUUAAUUAUCACAGUCAGAACGAACAUACAAAGUAUCUAGUUCACAUCUUAACGUUUAAGAAUACAAUUCAUCAGUCUCAUGAAUCUAUAAUGAAUUUUUCAUCUAUUUCUUUGUCGUCUAUUCCUUUCGUUUUUCUCAUUUUUAAUAUCACACUUUUGGAUAUGCGACUCGCCGUGGAACGUUCGCAUAUCCAAAAUAUCACACGCUUUGACAUUUUACACUUUUUACGUGUAUACCUGCUUCUCGGUGAACUCUUGCCAGAGAUUCACCAGAAACAGAAUAUAAAUAUAAUAUCAGAAUAGGUACGCUUCCCUAGGUUAUCAUCAAAAUGACAUUUCGACGAACCUCAAUAAGUAGCGCACAGUAGAAAAAAUCGAGCUUUUUCAGUACGGAAUACAAUAGGCGUAUUUAUUAUUAUUAUUAUUAUUUCGUUAAGCGAUUUUAAACUUUGUCUGUGGAUGAUUAGCACUAUAUUAGCUGACAGUUAAAGAUUCAUUAACGUGGACGCUCCCUUCCUCGUAGCUACGUCACUCACCGUUACUGACGAAUGAUUUUACUAAUUAUUCUAAUUACGUUACCCGUUACACGAAUCUAGAAUGUAUACAUAGACAUAAUGAGAUACACAUACAGUACGACUAAUCGCUGCUAUUCAUUGUGCAAGUUUUGCUUAUCGUACACUGCCUAGAUAUACGACGAGAAAUAUGCCUCGCGACUGUUAUGUAGACAAAAAAAGAAAAGAAAAAAGAUUCAUGCUAACAGCGAAUCGUACGAGCCUGUUCGUGUCUUGUGAUAUAACUCGCGUUGUCAUGUAAAUGCGAGUAUAAAUUAUGCGAUUGCCAAUCGCGAUGUACUGUCUUUAAGAAUUUGUAUUGUGAGGAUUUAGAACUGAGUAUACUGCGAAGCAAUGAAUUCGUAAUAAAUUAGAGGAUUUCCGUUAACUCAUUCAACAUCCAAUUUAAUUCCGGUUUCUUCUUCGUGGCACAUUCAAUUCUAAAUCCUCGAAUAGAACGGAUGUAAUCACUUUGUAUAAUUCAUUAAGAAUCUUUUAUCUUAGUUUACUUAAGCUUAGUGCGUUUGUUAUAAUCAUAUAGCUUAGUUGACCUACAAGUCGUAUAAAGUGUCCGCGUCCAUGUAAUUACAGUGUUAUCCGUCCAGUAGACUUAAGUAUUGAUCACUAAUCGAACUAACGAUCGAUUAGUAGAUUCAUUGGUUGUUAUUAUAACGAGGCAUUGUAAGAUACUCAUCAGCCGAAUUCAAAUGACCCGCCACUCUUAGUGAUUGACUGUAUAUUGUAAAAACUCGAAUAUAGAGCUUUCACUUGGAAUGGCAAUUCGAAAAUAACGGCGACCAUUGUAAAUGAGGAAGCAUAUAUGCAUGCAUCUGCGUAUCAAAAUAUACCUAUAUACACGUAGAUAUAAGAAAUACUUAAGUAUAUAGAAUUAAUACAUUUUUUUUAUACAAGUGUAUUUAUCAUUACGCGUUAUCAUUGUUCAAAAUGAUUGUUGCUUCUCGUGAAAAUGAAAUUUUUAAGAAUCCGAGUGCGAAGUAUAAUUGAUUGAAAGUGAAGAUAUGACGGAGUUACGUAUUAGAGAGUUUGUACUUACGUUCGUACAAGGAUAUAUUUGUUGUAACGAAGCGAAACGUUAAAAAUAAAUGCUAAUGAUUCUUAUAA